AAUCGCCAUCUUUUCCGGCGCUGGCUCCGCAUGGUCAGUGCCAUUUCGCCUUUAUCGUGGUGGAGUCCACCCUGGCUGUGGGGCUGUCGGUCCUCCCUGCGCGGCCAGUGGGGAGAGGCCGCAGGCUCAGUGGGUGCCAGUCAGGAUCCAGGUCGGGAAGUGUGUUUGUCCCGACUCCGCGCGUGUUUUCUGGAGUGGUUUCAUCUGCUGUGCUCCCUUCUUCAAAAGCUUGGAAAGCAACCUUUGACCUAUUCAAACUCAGUCUGUUUCUUGACUGGAGGAGGAGAAGGAAAAGUUGAGCACAUUGCCAACUGGAGUUCCCCAAGAAUGGCAAGUUAAAACCAAAGUGUCAGCACCUCAACAACAUUUUUUUUUGGCUUAACAAAACAUCAAACGGCAUACAAAUGGCAGAAAUCCACAAUGGAGGGGAACUCUGUGACUUUAUGGAAAAUGGAGAAAUCUUCAGUGAACACUCAUGCCUUAAUGCACACAUGGGAACUGAAAAUACAGGGGACACUUACGACUGUGAUGAGUAUGGAGAAAACUUUCCCAUGUUACACAACAGUGCCCCUACUGGAGAGACACUUUCUGUGUUGAAUCAGUGCAGAAAAGCCUUCAGCCUGCCACCAAAUGUUCACCAGAGAACAUGGAUAGGAGACAAAUCCUUUGAAUACAGUGACUGUGAGGAAGCCUUUGUUGAUCAGUCACAUCUUCAGGCAAAUAGGAUAACUCACAAUGGAGAAACACUCUAUGAACAGAAGCAAUGUGGGAGAGCUUUUACUUACUCCACAAGCCAUGCUGUGUCUGUUAAAAUGCAUACUGUAGAAAAACCCUACGAAUGUAAGGAAUGUGGAAAAUUCUUUAGAUAUUCUUCAUAUCUUAAUAGUCACAUGCGAACCCAUACUGGGGAGAAACCCUAUGAAUGUAAGGAAUGUGGGAAAUGCUUCACUGUUUCUUCACACCUAGUUGAACAUGUAAGAAUUCAUACUGGAGAGAAACCUUAUCAAUGUAAGGAAUGUGGAAGAGCCUUCGCUGGGCGCUCAGGCCUUACUAAACAUGUACGAAUACACACUGGAGAGAAGCCCUAUGAAUGUAACGAAUGUGGGAAAGCCUACAAUAGGUUUUAUCUACUAACUGAACAUUUUAAAACUCACACAGAGGAGAAGCCCUUUGAAUGUAAGGUAUGUGGAAAAUCCUUCAGAAGCUCUUCAUGCCUUAAGAAUCACUUUAGAAUUCACACUGGAAUAAAACCCUAUAAAUGUAAGGAGUGUGGGAAAGCAUUCACUGUUUCCUCAAGCUUACAUAAUCAUGUAAAAAUCCAUACUGGAGAGAAGCCCUAUGAAUGUAAGGACUGUGGGAAAGCCUUUGCUACAUCUUCACAACUCAUUGAACAUAUAAGAACUCACACUGGAGAGAAACCGUAUAUAUGUAAGGAAUGUGGGAAAACCUUCCGUGCUUCUUCACAUCUACAGAAACAUGUUAGAAUUCACACUGGAGAGAAACCCUAUAUAUGUAAUGAAUGUGGAAAAGCCUACAAUAGAUUUUAUUUACUUACUAAACAUUUAAAAACACACUGAAGAAAAACUCUGAAUGUAAGGAAUGUGGAAAUCUUUUAGGAAUUUCUCAUACCAUAAUUACCACAUUUGAAUUCACACUGAAGAGAAAUUUUAUUGGUACAAAGAAUGUGAGGAGGCCUUCAGUUAUCCCCAUUCACUUCGAAGACAUGAAAGAACUCAUACUCUAUGUGUCCCCUAUAAAUUUUAGGAAUCUUAGGGAGCCAUUGGAAUCUUUUUUUAUUAUUUUAUUUUAUUUUAUUUUAUUUUAUUUGAGACAGAGUUUUGCUCUUGUCAUCACCCAGGCUGGAGUGCAAUGGCAUGAUCUCAGCUCACUGCAACCUUUGUCUCCUGGGUUCAGGCGAUUCUGCCUCAGCCUUCAAGUAGCUUGGAUUACAGGUGCCAUCAACCACACCCAGCUAAUUUUUGUAUUUUUAGUAGAGAUGGGGUUUCACCAUGUUGGCCAGGCUGGUCUCGAGCUCCUGACCUCAGGUGAUCCACCAGCCUUGGCCUCCCAAAGUGCUGGGAUUAUAGGAGUGAGCCACUGCUCCUGGCCUUUUUUUUUUUUUUUUUUUUUUAAGUUGUUGUUAAUACACAUUCUUCUUUUCUCAAGGGAUUGGAUUGUGGUCACAAUCCAACAUUUGAGAACUCACCAUGGGGCCAUACAAUGUAGAAAACACAGAAAGCCCUCAUUAUUUCCUUAGGCCUUUCUAAGUAUAUAAGAUGUUGCAAUGGAGAAGAGAAACCCUAUUGAUACAAGAUACAGGCAUGCCCUGUAGAUAUUGCGAGUUUUGUUCCAGACUACUGCUAUAAAGCGAAUAUCACAAUAACAUGAAUCAUACAAAUGUUUUGGUUUCCCAGUGCAUAUAAGUUAGGUUUACAUCAUAUGGUAGUCUCUUGUGUGCAGUUGUGUUAUGUCUAAGUAAAGUACCUUAGUUUAAAAUACUUUAUUGCCAAAAAGUGCUAAUGAUCAUGUGAGACUUUGGUGAGUUGUAAUCUUUUUGCUUGUGGUAGGUCUUGCCUCAGUGUUGAUGGCUGUUGAUCAGGGUGGCUGCGGCAGUUUCUUUAAGACAGCAGUGAAGAUUGCUGCAUUGAUUGACUCUUCAUUACAUGAAAAACUUCUCUUUAGCAUUCGAUGUUGUUUGAUAACAUUUUACGCAUAGUGGAACUUCUUUUAGAAUUGGACUUAAUCCUCUCAAACUUCGCCACUGCUUGAUCAACUAAGUUGAUGUAAUAUUCUAAGUCUGUUGUCUUUUCAACAAUGUUCACAGCAUCUUCAGGAGUAGAUUUCAUUUCAGGAAACCACUUUCUUUGCUUAUCUAUACAAAGCAGCCUCUCAUCUGUUCAAGUUUUUUCAUGAGAUUAAAACAAUUCUGUCACAUCUUCAGGCUCCACUUCUAAUUCUAGUUCUCUUUUUUCCAUCACAUCCACAGUUACUUUUUCCACUGAAGACUUGAACCCCUCAGAGUCACCUAUGAAGGUUGGAAUCAACUUCUUCCAAACUCUGGUUAAUGUUGGUUAUUUUUUUAAUUAAAAAUUUUCUUUAGAGACAAGGUCUCGCUGUGUUUUUCAUGCUGGAGUACAAGUGGGUAUUCACCAGCACGAUGAGAGCACACUGUAGCCUUGAACUCCUGGCCUCAAGUGAUCCUCCUUCCUGUGCCUCCUGAGUAGCCAAGACUCCAGGCACACACCACCACACCUGCCUUAAUGUUGAUAUUUUGACCUCCUUCCAUGAAUCAUAAAUGUUGUUAAUGGCAUCUAGAAUGGAGAAUCCUUUCUGCAAGGUCUGCAACUUGAUUUAUCCAGAUCCCUCAGAAGAAGCAUUAUUAGUGGCAGCUAUAGCCUUAUGAAAUGUAUUUCUUAAAUAAUAAGACUUGAAAGUCAGAAUUAUUCCAGAAUCCAUGGGCUGCGGUUAGCAGACAUGAAAACGCCAAUCUUGUUUAUACCUCCAUACGAGCUCUUGGUUACUAGGUGCAUUAUCAAUGGUAAUAUUUUGAAAGGAAUCUCUGAACAGUGUGUUUUACAGUGGGCUUAAAAUAUUCAGUAAACCAUGCUGUAAAUAGAUGUAAAUAGAUACCACAGGGAGAGUAGAUGUAGCAUAAUUCUUAACUGGCCCUUGGAUUUUUGGAAUGGUAAUUGAAUAUUAGCAUUCAUUUAAAGUCACCAACUGCAUUGGCCUCUAACAAGAAAGCCAGCCUACGCUAGGAAAAGUGGCUUACACCUGUAAUUCCAAUGCUUUGGGAGGCUGAGGUUGGAGGAUCACUUGAGGUCAAGAGUUCAAGACCAGCCAGCAAAACAGAGCGUGACGCUGUCUCUACAAAGUAAAGAGUCAGCCCGUCCUUUGAAUCUUUGAAGUCAGAUAUUAGCUUACCUAGAGCUAUGAAAGUCCUAGAUGGCAUCUCCUGAAGUAAGGCUGUUUUGUCUCUGUUUAAACUCUAGUAGAGCUACCUCUGCCAGUUAUCUAGAUAUUCUGGAAAUGCUUGCUGCAGAUUCCACAUCAGCAAUUGCUACUUCACUUUGUACUCUUAUGUUAUGGAAAUGACUUGUUAAACCUCACGAACUGAUCUUUGCCAGCUUCCAGCAUUUCUUCUGCAGCUAACUCACCUCUCAGCCUUCAUAGAAUUCGAGUUAGGCCCUUGCUCUGGAUUAGGUUUUGGCUUAAGGGAAUGUUGUGGCUGGUCUGAUCUUCUAUCCAGACCACUAAAACUUAUUCCGUGUUAGUGGUGAGGCUGUUUUCCUUUCUUAUUAUGUGUGUGUUCACUGGAGUAGCACUUUUAGUUUCCUUCAAGAACUUUACAUUCACAACUUGGCUAACUGGCACAAGAGGCCUAGAUUUUGGCCUAUCCCAGUUUUUUUUUUUUUUUUUUUUUUUUUUUUGAGACAUGGUCUCCCUUUUGCCCAGGCUGGAGUGUAGUACAGUUAUAGCCCAUUGCAGCCUCAAACUUAGGGGUUCCAGUGAUCUUCCUGUCUCCUGAGUAGCUAAGACUGCAGGUGUGCACCACCAUGGCCAGCUAAUUUUUUUUUUUUUUUUUAAAGAGGCAGGACUUUACUGUUUACCCAGCUGAUCUUGAACUUAAAACCUCAAGUGAUGCUCCCCUAUCUGCCUCCCAACACGCUGGGAUUACAGGUGUGAGCCACUGUACCUGGCUCUUAUCUUGGCUUUUGACAUGACUUUCUCACUAAGGUUAAUCAUUUCCAGCUUUUGAUCUAAAGUGAGAAAUGUGCAACCCCUUCUUUCACUUGAACAGUUAUAGGCCAUUGUGGGGUAAUGAACUGGCCUAAUUUCAAUAUUGUUGUGCCUCAGGGAAUUAGCAGGCCUGGGAAGAGGAGGAGAGAGGGGAGAGUGGCCAGUUGGUGGAGCAGUGAGAACAUAGCAUUUGUUAAGUUUGCUGUCUUCGAAGGUUGUGGUUUGUGGUACCCCAAAACAAUUACAAUAGGAACAUCAAAGGUCACAGAGCAGCCAGGCACGGUGGCUCACACCUGUAAUCCCAGCACUUUGAGAGGCUGAGAUGAGUGAAUCAUGAGGUCAGGAGUUCGAGACCAGCCUGGCCACCAUGGUGAAACCCCGUCUCUACUAAAAAUACAAAAAAUUAGCCGGGCGUGGUGGCAGGCACCUAUAGUCCCAGCUAUUCAGGAGGCUGAGGCAGGAGAAUCACUUGAAUCCAGGAGGUGGAGGUUAGAGUGAGCUGAGAUUGCACCACUGCACUCCAGCCCAGGCGACAGUGAGAUUCCUUCUCAAAAAAAAAAAAAAAAAAAAACCAAA